AUGGCCUCAGUCUAUCGUUCGCUCUCCAAGAAGAGCAAGACAGCCCCUUCACAAGACAGUAAACAGGACAAACUUCGACCGAACCGCCAAAGACUUCUCAUUUUGACGUCGAGAGGGGUCACACACUCCCAGCGCCACCUACUGAACGACCUCUACUCCCUCCUACCUCACUCCCGCAAAGACGCAAAACUAGACACAAAAACCCACCUGAACCAACUAAACGAACUAGCGGACCUCUACAACACCAACAACAUCCUGUUCUUCGAAGCCCGCAAAGCCAAAGACCUCUACCUCUGGCUUUCGAAACCUCCCAAUGGACCAACGCUCAAGUUCCACUGCCAGAACAUCCAUACGAUGGAAGAACUAAACUUCACUGGAAACUGUCUCAGAGGCAGUAGAGCGAUCCUAAGCUUUGACAAGACUUUCGAGGGACAGGCGCAUUGGAGGUUAGUGAAGGAGAUGCUAACGCAGGUCUUUGGGGUGCCGGAGGGAAGCAGGAAGGUGAAACCGUUUGUGGACCAUGUUAUGGGCUUUACGAUUGUGGGCGGCAAGGUGUGGGUACGGGUUUAUCAAAUCUCGGAGACCGAAGUCAGUAAGAAAGAUGUUGCGGCCGGGAAAGCGAAUGGUGAUGCGGCGGCGACGGCGGCGGCGAGUAUAUCGGCACCAAGUGAGGCAGGCAGAGGCGAGACAAACGUCUCUCUAGUGGAAGUCGGGCCAAGAUUCGUUCUUACGCCUAUUGUGAUUCUGGAAGGAUCGUUUGGUGGGCCGGUGAUAUAUGAGAAUAAGGAGUUCAUCUCUCCCAACCAGAUCCGAUCCGAUCUGAGGCGGAAGAAGGCUGGGAGGUAUAAUUCUCGUGCUGAAGGGACGCUCGAGAGGAAGGUCAAGAAGAGGGAUCUUGGCCUACGGACAGGAGAGGGUAGGCGGCAGGUGGAUGAGUUGGAUGAGAGGGUGUUGUUUGCUUGA